UCUAUAGUUACAAUCGCCUCUGCGUUCAUCAAUACCAAACGAGAAUUAGGUUAGGUCGAGAGUGUAGGGGGUUGCCAUCCCUUCGCACCACCGAUCCCUUUUUUUUUACAUUUUAAGGUUAUGGACAUACGGACCUAUCGCCGUGCUAUUGUUGUUCAAGUGCUUUUUUAGCUGUCAGUUUGACAGUUGUUGCGGCCCCCGCGCGUAUUGAUUGCAGCAGAAGUGGUGACACCGAGUGAGAGAGCGCGAGUGAGAUCGUGUGGGCGGGUGUCGCUUCUCUCUUGUGUGAAUGAAGACGUUACACAAAGCAGAAAGUUCAAAGACAUUGAGAAAAGUUCAGGAUAUUUCGUCCUCAGAUUGAAGUGCCGCGAUGUCGCUCUCACUACGAAUUAACAUUGUCGAAGGCAAUGUUACUAAAACGAUUGUUUUCGACCCGACCACCACCGUUUACGAUGCCUGCAAGAUCAUCAGGGAAAAAGCGUCAGAAGUCAAUUUGGGAAAACAUAAUGAGUACGGUUUGUACAUGACCGACGAUGCAACGAAUUCGGGGAUUUGGUUAGAGCCCGCUAGGAAAUUGGAGUAUUACAUCCUGCAGGAUGGAUAUUUGCUGGAGUACCGUAAAAAGAUGCGCACGCUGCGCGUCAAAAUGUUAGACGGCUCCGUAAAAACCAUGCUAGUGGAUGACUCGCAAAUAGUACAGAACUUGAUGGUGGUUAUAUGCGCAAAGAUCGGCAUCACCAAUCACGAUGAAUAUUCGUUAGUGCUCGAAGACCUCGAAAACCAAGAAAACCUGGAUAACCGAAACUACGGCACUUUGACAUUGAAACGCAAGAAGGAGGAACGGCAGAAGGAUGCCGUUAUGGACCAGCUGCGUAAGAAGGUGCGCACAGAUGACGAAGUCAAUUGGGUCGACCCUUCGAAAACUUUGCGCGAGCAGGGCAUUGACGAGAACGAGACCGUGCUGCUCCGGAGGAAAUUCUUCUUUUCCGAUCAGAACAUCGAUUCCAGAGAUCCAGUUCAGUUGAAUCUGCUGUACGUGCAGGCCAGAGAUGCUAUCCUUGAUGGCACGCAUCCCGUUACCCAUGACAAAGCAUGUGAAUUUGCCGGAAUCCAAUGCCAGAUUCAGUUCGGCAAUCAUGUGGAUAGCAAGCACAAGCCAGGAUUCUUGGACUUGAAAGAGUUCUUACCGCAAUCCUACAUGAAAGUGAAAGGUAUCGAGAAGAAGAUAUUUCAGGAACAUAAAAGACAUCAGUCACUCUCCGAACUAGACGCAAAGGUCAUGUACACGAAAAUCGCUAGAGCUCUCACAACGUACGGUGUAACAUUCUUCUUGGUAAAAGAGAAGAUGAAGGGCAAGAACAAGUUGGUGCCGAGAUUGCUCGGAGUUACAAAGGACUCGGUGCUGCGUCUUGAUGAAAAGACUAAGGAGAUUCUUCAAACAUGGCCAUUGACUACUGUCAGGCGAUGGGGUGCUAGCGCAAACACUUUCACUCUGGACUUCGGAGAUUACGCAGAUCAAUACUAUUCUGUUCAAACUACCGAAGCAGAUCAGAUCCAACAAAUUAUUGCCGGAUACAUUGAUAUCAUUCUAAAGAAGAAACAAGCCAAGGACCAUUUCGGAAUUGAAGGAGACGAGGGAUCAACCAUGGUAGAAGACAGCGUUUCACCGCACAAAGCUACAAUCUUGCAGCACGAGUCCAGCAAAGUGGGUCGCGUGAAUUCUCAAUCUAUUGCAAUUCCAGCCGUUAUGAGGGCUGCUUCUGAAGGUCCAAAAUCUUAUCAUACAGCUCAUAUGGGCAAUGCACAAUAUACAACAAUCGGGGGUCAAGCAAAUUUAGGUCAUAUGCCGCCGUCGAUCCAACAAACAAAAGUGACUACUGUCCUGAGCGAACCGCAAAAAGCACUCGUCUCUACAAUAGAAAGCACACAGACAAAAAUAGAGCAAUCCGUUAUCGAACUUGAAUCGAAAGCCCAAUUUCCAGAGUUGGGUAGCGAUAAUUAUUCCAAGAAAUGGAAGCAAGUUACCUUAGACACCAAGAAACAGAACGUUGGCUCACAGAUAGCCGCGAUGAACGCUGCCACCGCACAGGUCGUCACACUUACAUCCGGCAAUUCCGAAGAAAUUGACCACAAUGCUGUCGGAGCUGCCAUAAACACAAUUGGAACUAAUUUACCUGAGAUUACUAAAGAUGUUAGGAUGAUCGCCGCCUUAAUGGACGAUACCAAUAAUGGCGAAAGAUUAUUGGACGCUACUAGGAAACUUGUCACUGCUUUCAGCGAUUUAUUGAAGGCGGCCGAACCAGAGUCCAAGGAACCCAGACAAACAUUGCUUAGUGCAGCAAGCAGGGUUGGUGAUGCCAGCAGUCAGGUGCUUUCUACGAUCGGUGAUGAUACUCACGAGAAUAAGGAACUACAAGAUAUGUUGCUCUAUUUGGCCAAGGCUGUGGCUAACACCACUGCAGCUUUGGUUCUUAACGCAAAGAAUAUUGCAGCCACCUGCGAUGAACAGCAGGUACAAAAUAGAGUUAUAGGAGCAGCCACUCAAUGCGCUCUUGCCACUUCACAAUUGGUUGCUUGUGCUAAAGUUGUAGCACCGACUUUACAUUCAACCGCAUGUCAAGAACAACUGACAGCUGCAGUAAGAGAGGUGGCUAAAGCAGUAGAAAAUCUUGUUACAGUUUGCAGUGAUAAUUGCUUUAACGAUGACCUAAUGUAUAAACUGAACGAGUCCGCUGCUGAAGUCUCUAGAACUCUGAACGAUCUGCUUAACCAUAUCAAAAUGGUUGGACCUAAGAAGGCCAACGAGUCGAUACAAGAAUCUAGCGUUGAAGUUAUUUACACUACCACCGAUAAACUAACUUCCGCUUCUGAUUCCGCCGAGAUGAUUAAACAGGCGAGAGUUUUGGGUCAAGCUACUGCUCAAUUAAUUCAAAGUAUCAAGGGUGAAGCGGAGAAACAACCGGUUAAUUCGGAUAUGCAGAAACGGCUCUUGGCUGCUGCAAAGAACUUGGCUGAUGCCACCGCACGCAUGGUAGAGGCAGCCCGACAAUGCGCCAACAAUCCACAAAAUGUGUCAUACCAAGAUAGCCUCCGUUCGACAGCCGAAUAUUUGAGGGAUGUCACCAUUGUUACUUCGACCACGCCAGCUCUCCGUGCCAGAUUGGUGGAGAGGGUGAACGAGUGUGCCCGUCGUGCCGUAUCGACAGCCACUCAGUGUAUUCAAGCUGCCCAACUCAGUCACCAGCACAACUCCAACCAAUCGAGCCAGGAACAAUUAAUUAACGACACCCAUGAACUCACCCAACAAAUACCGCCACUUGUGGAAUCCAUUAAUAACACCACGGAGUCCCCGCAGAGCCCUAAUCACCAAGUCGAACUUAUGUAUGUGGCCGAAGUUUUCUUACACCCGGCGACACACUUUGUGCAAUCAUCGCGUGCUGUUUUGCCCACGUUACACGACUCCACAGUUUCUCAACAAUUGAAUUCCACCACCCAACAAUUCAACACCGACAUAAUUGAAUUGAGAAGUGCCAUAUCUAAAGCACAGCCUGCCUGCCAAGGUCUGGGAAUGAACGCUGCCGCCCAAAUAAUCGACGAUUUGAAAGAUGAGUUCAACGAGUUCGAAAAAGCACUCGAAAUGCAUAGCCUCAAACCAUUGCCCGGCGAUUCCGCAGAAAAAGGAACUAAUCAAUUGGUAUCCAGCGUGAAUUUGAUCGACCAGAGCGUGGCUCAGAUGCUGAGUGCCACCUCGCAAAACAAUGAGUUCUACACUUCGCAAGCCGCCCGGGAUACUGCUCAGAGCUUAAGAGGUCUAACAGGAGCCGUGAGGAUGGUUGCCGCAACCACUGGCGAUAGAAACGUGCAAAUGGACCUGAUAAGGGCUGGAUACAAUGUUGUUGAUCACUCCAGUCGCCUGCUCGAGGAAGCCCAGACCGCUGUUAAUGCAAAUGAAGGUGUUACCCCAACUUUGCAGCAAGCUGCAAAGGAAGUCACGAGAGCACUGGAGGCUACGAUUGCCUGUCUUCCCGGUCAAAGAGAUGUGGAUGUUGCUAUUACUAGCAUCAAGGAAUGGUCUUAUACUAUUGAUUCCGGCAAAUUCCCGGUAACGGAUAAGAGUUACGGCGAGUUGCAAAGGGAACUAUCUUCCGCUGCUUCUCAUUUGAACGAUGCCAGUUCUGUCGUUGUUCAUUCAGCCAAAGUACCAUCUAAAUUGGCAUCGAGUUCCAAGGACUUCAGUUCUGCCUACCAUGAACUUUUACAAGUAUCUAUGGAAAUGGCUGGGCAGACCCCCGAUUAUGACACCAGAGGUCAUAUGGUGCAUUCAUUGAAGAAUGUUUCAACAGUUUCCAGCGAACUUUUAAACACUGCAAAAUGUUUUUCCGCCGAUCCGAAUAUGCCCAACGGAAAGAACCAAUUGGCCGAUGCCGCAAGAGCUGUCACAGAUAGCAUCAAUCAGUUACUCGAUGUGUAUACUAGUGCAACACCUGGUCAAGCUGACUGCGAGAAUGCCAUCAGAAAUAUCCAAGCUAUGAAGCAUUUGCUCGAUAACCCGAGCGAACCAAUCAACGAUUGGAGCUACUAUGAAUGUUUAGACGCAGUCACUGAGAGAAGUAAAAUACUUGGUGAAGGCAUGUCUGGAAUCACCGCAAGCGCCAAGCAAUCCGAACACGAGAAAUUCAGCCACUGCGUUAAAACAGUCAGCGGUACCAUUUGUUGUCUGGUGGAGGCCGCAGCCCAAGCUUCAUACUUGGUGGGAAUAUCUGAUAGCAGCAGCGUCGCCGGAAGACCAGGUUUAGUAGAUCAGGCACAGUUUGCGCGUGCCACUCAAGCUAUCCAAAAGGGCGUAUCCAUUCUCAAUACGUUUACGAGCAAACAAGACGAAGUUCUGAAUGCCGCUACGCUAAUAGCCAAAAACACGAGCGCCCUUUGCAAUGCUUGCCGCACUGCUAGCACAAAAACCACUAAUCCUGUUGCGAAGGUCCAAUUCGUUCAAAGCGCCAAGGACGUCGCCAAUUCCACCGCACACCUGGUUAAAGAAAUAAAAGCUCUUGACAGCAAAUACUCUGAAGAAAACAGAAUCAAGUGUGCUGAAGCCACUAAACCUCUACUUGACGUCGUCCACAAUUUGAGGAUCUACGCAAACUCACCAGAAUUCGUAAGUGUCCCAGCGAAGAUUUCGUCUCAAGCCAGAGAGGCCCAACAGCCCAUUUUAGACUCCGGACGUAAACUGAUUGAGAGUUCUACUGGCGUGAUAAACUCCAGCAAAAACUUGGUCAUUAUGCCCAAAGAUCCGACUACAUGGCAACAAUUCGCCACACACUCCAAGAACUUCUCCGAUUCUAUAAUAAAUUUGGUAUCGAGCAUCAAGAACACGGCACCGGGACAGAUCGAAUGUGACAAGGCCGACAAACUCCUGAACAAUUGCAUUCAUACAAUUGAUCGUGCCUACAUGGACUCUGUUUCACAAUCUAUGGCACCGAACAGAUCUGCCACAUUGCAAUCGUUCACGCAACAAGUAGCCAGAGCUGCUGCUGAACUCACGGAUACCGUAGAAGUCUUGAGACAAUCAGCUAAAUAUGAAGCGGAGAACAUCGGCCAUUCUGUUAACCAGUUGGCUCAAUAUUUCGAACCUCUGGUACAUGCCAGCAUCGGCGCUGCGUCCAAUAUGACCAACUCCAAACAGCAGGAAGCUCUUCUGAACCAAACCAAGAGCGUAACGGAAUGCGCUAUGCAGUUCAUCUACGUGACAAAGGACUGCGGCGGAAAUCCGAAAUCCAUCAAUCUGCACCCGGAAGUGGAAGAAGCAGCAAACGGCAUGAAGGAAUCCUUGCAGGAAUUGGUAGCUAAUUUGGAAACACUAUCAACCCAAAGCGGAAUUGUUUCUGGUGUGAUUGAAACUCUGUCAAGGGCUAUGUCCAGGUUAUCCGAUAACCGAGCUUCGCUCAUUCUUACUGAUUCCGAUGUUUCUUACGUUGAUUUCCAAACGCGCAUGGUCGAAUGUUCCAAAGACAUUGCUAAGCUUGCCGGUGAAAUGUCAAGCAAGGCCGGUAUUGAACCGCAACGUUUAGCACCAUUGUCAGCGGAUUUGUCCCACAAAUAUUCGCAAUUGGCCAGCGACAGCAUCGGAGCGGCUGCGGCCUCCUCUAACAUGGAAGUAUCUAUGAAAUUGCGACAAGUUGUUCUGGCAUUGGGUGCAGCUUGUGAGUCUUUGGUGAAAUCUGGAGGAGAGUGUCAGUUCAGAAGAGAUGAUAUGGCGUUAAGGGAUAUCGCAGAUUGCGCUCGUAACGUCAACGAGAAAGUCUCUCGCGUAUUAGCCACUCUCCAGUCGGGUUCCCGAGGUACCCAAGCAUGCAUCAACGCCGCUUCCACUGUGUCCGGAAUCAUAGGCGAUUUGGAUACCACAAUUAUGUUCGCCACUGCCGGAAAUUUGAAUCCAGAAACGGAAACAGAAUCAUUCUCCGACCACCGAGAAAAUAUCCUGAAGACCGCAAAGGCCUUAGUGGAAGACACAAAAACCUUGGUGGCUGGUGCUGCCUCUAGUCAAGAACAAUUGGCGGUCGCUGCCCAAAAUGCUGUUACCACUAUAGUGCGUUUGGCAGAAGUUGUUAAAUUCGGUGCUGCGAGUUUGGGUUCCGAUAAUCCAGAUUCACAAGUAAUGUUGAUAAAUGCUGUAAAGGAUGUCGCUAGUGCUCUGGGUGAUUUGAUACAUGCUACUAAAGCGGCCAGCGGGAAACCUAUUAAUGAUCCGGCUAUGUCUCACUUGAAAGACAGUGCUAAGGUUAUGGUUACAAAUGUAACUUCUCUUUUGAAGACUGUUAAAUCCGUUGAAGAUGAGCACACCAGAGGCACAAGAGCUCUUGAAGCCACUGCAGAAGCUAUCGCUCAAGAGUUGAAGUCUCUGAGAUUGGAUUCCGGUGCUAGGUCUAACGUGACUCCUGAGGAAUUGAUUAGAAUCACUAAGGAUAUCACAAAGGCAACAGCUAAAUCUGUGGCUGCAGGAAUCAGUAACAAACAAGACGACAUCAUUGCAGCCGCUAACAUAUCAAGACGCACCAUCUCUGAUAUGCUUAUCAUUUGCAAGAGCGCCUCCAUACAUUUGGCAGAAACUCUUGAGUUAAAGCAGAGAACCAUGAGAGCGGGAGAGGAAUGUGCCAAACAGUACCGCGAACUUCUCUUGACCAUACUUCAAGGGAAUUACACGGACGCCAAACAAACAUUGCCAUUAAUUUCAAGGAACAUUGCCACCUCGGUCACAGAGUUGGUUGCUGUUGCUGAACUGCUGAAGGGAUCCGACUGGGUGGAUCCUGAAGAUCCCACCGUCAUUGCAGAAAAUGAACUCUUGGGUGCUGCGGCAUCCAUUGACGCUGCCGCUAAAAAACUGGCCAACUUGAGACCAAGAAAAACUAUCCAGACAAAUGAACUGGAUGAGAACAUGAACUUCGAUGAGAUGAUUUUGGAGGCUGCCAAAUCUAUAGCAGCGGCAACUUCAGCUUUGGUGAAGGCUGCAAGUGCGGCUCAGAGAGAAUUGAUUGACAGCGGAAAGGUGUCGGGUACACCUUUAACAUCAUCAGAUGAUGGACAAUGGUCUGAAGGUUUAAUUUCUGCUGCUCGCUUGGUCGCAGCCGCUACUCACAGUCUAGUUGAGAGUGCCAAUGCCCUAGUACAAGGGUUAGCCAGCGAAGAAAAGAUGAUCUCUUCGGCGAAACAAGUUGCAAGUUCUACAGCACAGCUACUUGUAGCCUGCAAAGUUAAAGCAGAAGGAGACACAGAAGCAACGAGAAGACUGCAACAAGCAGGAAGCGCAGUCAUCAGAUCAAUUGAUAACUUAGUACGCGCCGCUCAGCGUGCAAUCAGCGUUGAGGAAGAAAGAUCACUAGUUCUCAACAAACGAAUGGUUGGGGGUAUUGCCCAAGAAAUCAAUGCUCGUACUGAGGUGUUGCGCAUUGAACGGCAAUUAGAAGAAGCCAGAGGUAAGCUGACUGCCAUCAGGCAGGCCAAGUAUAAAAUGAAGGGUGGAGAUGCCUCUGGCGAAGAUACGGACGGUUAUAUAAGUUCUAACUACGAUGGAGUCACAUCGCGUCUAGAUUCAUAUUACACCAAUAACCGCUCCCAUAACAAUACUUACACCAGCGCCGAAUCAUAUGAUUAUCUGGAGAGUCCGGAGAAGGUGCACUCUUUGGACCGACAUCGACCCAACAGGAUAAAUCUGCAAGGAUCCAGCGACCCAUACGGCACGAAUCAGAGCUACAAUUCUUUCGCGAAGACCGCUCCCAAAUUUGUUUCUUCCCCAACCCACGAACCGAAAUACAGCCCGACCUCUCCGAAAACGACUUAUGACCCACCCUAUUCACCCAAAUCCUACGACUCUCAUUACGAUCAGAACAAAUAUGGUGAUCACUAUGGACAGAUCCAGGAAAAAACGUACAGCAACACAUUCGGUAAACCGUACAGAUCAUUCGAUAGUAAUAUGACGUACGCAACAGACCAAUUCCCAUCGUUAUCCUUGAAAGAAUCGCAAGAUCCCGUCGACGGUUACACAACUUCCGAGAUGAAUACUAAUACCGUUUUAAUACCGGGCGGAUAUAAAACUGUCACGAAUAAGAUCGAGAGCUAUCAUUCUGGAUACCAACCAAUGACGUAUACAGCGUCGGAGAAAUACUACACGACGCCGAGUCCGAAGAGUUCGUCGUUUAAAAACGGAUCAGAUUAUCAAAGCUCCUAUUCGAACACUGUCGAAUUCAUGAACGAUGCGCCCACGUUGAAAGAUUCCGAUACGCUCGAACAGAAAAUGUUGAAGAAGUCCGUUACCCAACAGAUCACUGAAAAGAAAACUGUAUCGACGGUGAGGAGCAGUAAACAGGAGACUGCCACGAAAACCUUUAGAUUAGAAUAAGCAGAUGCGAAACGAAAGUGACCUUAUCGACGAAGAUUAUUUUGUUUGUUAAUAUUUUGGUGCUAAUCCAUCGUAAUUGCUUUUUUUUUAAAUUACCUAUUAAAUAUAUAUAUUUUAUAACACAAAUUGUACAUGGAUCGUGCCAAUGGAGUUUAUGGAGUGGUUUAAUGCUUCUAUUAAAUAUUACAUUUAUUAAUUAUUAAUAUUACUUGGCGCACGAAUGUAGCCAAUGUUUAGUCGUAACUU